GCUGGUUGUUUUUCACGUUUCAUUCCAUUCCCAGAAUCGGCUCGUUUAUAGGAUGAGUGACUGAAAAGCACAAACAUCAGAAUUUGGAAAUAGCCUUUCAGUUUGGUUUUAUCCAAAUCACAGGAGUCUCAUCGCCUGCAUAUUAUGGAGCGGAUUAAGAAAAUGACUUUGUUGGCUACGUUUUUACUCUGCUUCUUUAUUCAAAUGACUUCAUGUUCAACUCAGAAGACACAGAAUCUCAUGAAGUCACACCCGCUAAUAGAUGGGCACAAUGACCUUGCCCUACAGCUCAGGAGGUUGUACAGAAACAAGUUAUCAAAAAUUAACUUGGAGACUAUUAAUACCACAAGGACCAAUUUGCAUAAGCUGAAAACUGGUCACGUUGGAGCUCAGUUCUGGUCAGCUUAUGUUUUGUGCGGUGCUCAGGAUAAAGAUGCGGUAAGGCUGGCCUUGGAACAGAUUGAUGUUAUCAAGAGGAUGUGUAAUGAAUAUGAAGAAUUGGAGUUUGUUACUUCAUCCCAAGGUAUUAAAAACACCGAAAAGAUUGCCUGUCUAAUUGGUUUGGAAGGAGGGCACAUCAUAGACAGCAGCUUGGCAGCUCUUAGGAUGUUCUAUGACCUUGGAGCCAGAUAUAUGACCCUCACUCACACAUGCAAUACUCCAUGGGCACAAACAUCUGGUGGAGGUCCACAUAAAGUCUACCAAGGAACGAAAGGCUUGACAGAGUUUGGCAAGGAAGUGGUAAAGGAAAUGAACAGAAUAGGUAUGAUCAUUGAUCUAUCUCAUACCUCAUUCGACACAUCUCGGGAAGUCCUAGCAAUAUCUCAAGCACCGGUUAUAUUCAGUCACUCAGCAGCCUAUGCUUUAUGUGGGAUAGAGCGUAAUGUCCCCAAUGACAUUCUGAUAAAGAUUAAAGAGAAUAAUGGAAUGGUGAUGGUGAAUUUUCAUACUGCGUUUAUAGCAUGUGGGAAAACAGCAAACAUAUCUACAUUGGCAGACCAUUUUCACUACAUAAAGACGAUAAUUGGAGCCGAAUAUAUUGGAUUUGGAGGAGAUUAUGAUGGAGUAACAGGUUUUCCUGAAGGCCUGGAGGAUGUAUCAAAAUAUCCACUGCUGGUUGAGGAACUGCUGAGACGUGGGUGGCAAGAUUCAGAAAUUAAAGCUAUUUUAAGGGAAAAUUUCUUGAGAGUUUUUGGCAAGGUCGAGCAAGUUAGAGAUGAGAUGCUGAACGUGAGACCUUCAGAAGCAGAGAUUUCAGAGGAUAAGCUGAACUACUCUUGCCGUUUAGAUCUGCGGAAAAUUCAAAGUAUAAAUGCAUCCGGCAUUCAAGAAAUCAGCGCUGCUUUCACUCUAGCAACAUGUAUAUUGUCCUGUAUAUAUGUAUUUUGGUAACUGUGUUAUUCAUUGAUGAUAUUUGUUCUUUAAAAAAAAAAGCAGGUGCAAGUGCAGAGACCCCCUCUGUGCAGUACCUCAGAGCAGGGGUAUCUGCACAAGUCUUAAGCAAAAAUAUUCUUCAGGUCUGCAUAUAUAGUAGACUAUAUCUAUUUCUAGCUAAGGUACUAAGGUAAGAGAAGGGCUCUAUUACAUUGCACAGUGUUCGGAAAGGACUAGUGCUGAUCGGCGAUAAACGCGUUGAUCGGCGCUUGGUUGCAUCGUCUACUACACAGGCUGAUGCAAAAUGAAUGGGGGAGGCAAGAUUGCUACCACGUUCAUUCCUCCCUCAGUCAGUUCUAUUAUCAGCAGCACAUCCCUGAUUACACAAGGAGAUGUGCUGCCGAUAUUCCUGCAUCUUCUAUUCUUAUGAAAGAUGUAAAUCGUCCGACAAACUUUUUUAUGGGCGGCAUCAGUAUAUAGGACAAUUAUUGGGAAUGAGUGUUUCUGUGAAUGCUCAUUCCCAAUAAUUGGCAUAAAAAUUGUACAGUCUCAUAGGCGCAUAAGUUGCAGAUAGACUGCAGGGUCAGUUGUAGGCUAUAAUGUUAUAGACAAAGCCCUGUUUACACAAAACUAGGAUAUAUCGAUUUUUUAAUUAUGACUACUUAGAAAUGUGCUUCAUUUUGCUUGAGAGGCGCUGCAGCAGAGGUUGGAAUAGCGCCUCUAGCCUUUGCAUCCUAAUUAUUUCCUUUGCUUUGGAUUGUAAGUAAAGGGUUGUCUCAUCUUAGACAUUGGCAUAUCACUUGGAUGUGCCACAAAUGUCAGAGCCGCCUUCCAUUCAUUUCUAUUGCACUGCUGAAAAUAGCCGAGCACUAUGUGUGGUCUCCACAUUUUUUGUGGACCCUUAGAAAUGAAUGGGUACAAGUGCAAUCUGCAAAAAAUGGGGAUGGGACGCAGACCCAAAAUCCAGUCAUGUGUAUGAGCCCUAACAAGUAUUGGUCAUUGAACCCAAAAGAGAAAAACACCGUGAACAGUGCGACUUUAUUAUAUGUACAAUUAUUCACUUGUCAGACAAGGUAACAAUGACUUAAGAUUUUUCUUCCUUUUUUCAUUGUCGCCUUCCAAGGACUAUAACUUUUUUCCAUCUAUGUAGCUGUAAGGGGGCUUAAAUUUUUGCGGGACAAUUUGUAGUUUUUAAUGGUGCCAUUUUGGGGUACAUGUGACCUUCUGAUUAACUUUUAUUAACUCUUUCUGGGAGGGAGAUGG